AUGAUCGCUCGCUUAAGAAAAACCUACAAUCACCAUGGCGGCGUCGAUAAAGUCAAGCUCAUAGGGGCACUGACGGACCUGAGUAGUGAAGCUGCAGGUAAAUUCCUCCCUAUCUAUGUUCAUGCUCAGAACGCUGGCAUUUUAAUAUUAUCAACAAACACCCCUGGCCUGGAGGACAACAGCCCUAAGGAGGGACACUCUGAGGAAAAAACAGACAUGCAAUAUCCACAUGAAAGGUUCAAAUAUGCUAAGGAGCCGUGUAGAGUCGAAGAGAGCCUAAAGGAUUCCUCUCUUUUCGGUCUCACCUGUUCAUUGGAGAUUUAUUGCCUGAUGUCUUGGUCAAAAUAUCAGAUUGAGCUUUUUGAAACCGAUGAGGCCAAGGAAGACCGUCUGGAUAAUUUCAAAAAGGAAGUGGACUGUCAUAGUCGGCAAGUGGAGACAUGUAGUUUAUAUACGCCGCAAAAAUAG